GGUGUUCGCAAAUAGGAAGCCCCCUGACAAUUCAGUCAACGACUACAGCUGAACAAAAGACAAGCCUUGCCAAGUGCUCAUUUAAUUUUUGUCUUCCAUUUUCCGUCGAUUUCUCAGCACCCAAAAAACAGCAUCCACAUGUUGUUUUCUCGAAUCUUUUCGCAGAGUUAUGAUUACUCUUGGAGUUUUGAAUUUCCAAUACAACACUAGACCAUUCAUUCCACUUCACAGCAGUCGCAGAACCCUGGAAAUGAAUUUUAUUCAAUGGAUAAGCUAAAGGUCUAAACUGUUGAAAAUAGUCAAAUUGAGAACCCAAUGGCACAACCUGUUGAAUAUCUCAAGAUAGAUCCAAAGACCCAACAUAUGUUGGACCAUACAACAACUGAAUUUGGGGACGAUAAAUUUUGGCCACUUUCGGGGAAACCAUGCUUUCAUGUGUUUCUAGUUAAAUCUCAGCUCAAACCCUUGUAUCACUUGGUUCUUCCGGUGAAAAUCCAGUCUAUGCUUCCUUGUUCUACAGUCCCUGUGGUUCUUACUUAUUGUGGCAAGAAAUGGGAGAUGAUUUACUAUGGAGAAAAAAGUGCCAAAAGGUUCAACUGGAAAGAAUUUGCUAUUGAUAAUGGUCUGAAGGUUGGGGAUGCAUGUGUAUUUGAACUCAUGGAAAUCAGCAAGAUGAAUCUCAAGUUCAGAGUUCAAAUUCUCAGAGGUGAUUUUCCAUCUCAAUUGCUAGAAAGGGUAAAUGGUGAGACUUCAAGCACUCCUAUAAUUAUCGAUUAGGAUCUCCCUAGUGAUGGGAAGAUUAAUCUAAUUUUUAGUACAAGAUUCCACUUUUCUUAAAAGCGACUAAAAGGUAUGUGAAAUUCUAACAGAGUAGCUUUGCUGUUUUAUGUAUAUGUACCUGGGUUUGAUGUUUAAAUGCAUGGGGCUUAUCUUCAGAUG